AUGGCUUUUGAGAAAAAAAGAAACAAUAAAACUGCAAGAAUUCGCAUGAAACGAAUGAAAGAGAGAAAAGAAGCAGAAUCCACAAAGAAAGGAAAAACAAAGAAAACACUAACAAGACAGCAACAUGAGCAGUCAAAGCAAAAAGAAGCCAAAAAGAAAAGAGAACAGAGGGCUGGAUAUUCAGCUGAACGCCGUGAUGCGAUUUUAGCUAGAAGAAGAGAGCUGUAUGCCAUGAAGAAAAAGCAGAAGAAAAUAAAAGAAUGCGAAGAGCAGGAAAAGAUUUUAAAGCAGAAAGAAGAGGAAUUAGCAGAAAGGGAAAAACAGAGCGUAAAUGUAAAGAAGUAG